CUUUUCUGUUCUCGAGCGCCCCUACAUACGGUAUAUACCAUACCAAGACGACGAUGACGAUACCGCUGACGGUUCCACUGCCGCUGACGGUGACGGUGACGGAGCUCUGUUUCCUCAGUCCUGCCUGUCAAUGCCACCCCAGUGACCGACCCCCUGCAGGUCGCCAUUCGUUCCGAGCCCAUUCUCGAAGGGCUAGGUUACGGUACUCUACAUACAAAUCCUCCUGUCCACCAGCAAGAAUUCUCCGCCUCUUUCUCGCCGCCUCUCACCCGCAGAUCAGGCCAGCCAUCUGGUGCCCCUUCGCUCAGUCGGUACCUACAUGAGUAACUAGGCCAUUUGUCCUCGUGUUGCAGUGCGCACUGCGUCCGACACAAUCAGUCACUGCACCAUAUUCAUCUAGAAGACUGACCACUACAUAUCAUAGUAAUGGUCGCGCAGCACGAUCCUCAUUGCCAGAUCCUCAUUGCCAGAUUCCAGAUCCAGAUUCCAGAGAGAGAAAGUUGAUUGUUCAUCACAUCCGAACAUCCCGGCUCGCCCUUCAAGUCACCCCACCCGGUGUUUGUUGGGUUCGGAAGUUUCCUUGCUUGCUUGUCUCACAGCCACGCCACGCCCCGCCGGCUCCCUGCCGACGGUUUUC